AUGGCUUCUGAAGAAGAGAUAGAAAUGGUGCACACAAAGGAUUACAUCAUGAAGAUAAAAAACACGACCAGCAUGGUUGAGGAACAACUGGAAGAGUUCUCUUCUCAAUACGAGGACAUUUAUGUGAAUCGUCAAACAUUUCAAGUUGCUCUGUUAGCCGCUGGAUGCACAUUAGAGUUGAUGGAUGCGGUGACAAGAACGGGGUACCCUGGCUUCGCAGCUAUCCGCCCACCAGGUCACCAUGCAUUCCCAGACCAAGGAUGCGGUUUUUGUAUAUUUAACAAUGUCGCAAUUGCUGCAAAACAUGCGUUGAAAAACGGGUAUUCGAGAGUGCUCAUAGUGGACUGGGAUGUACACGCUGGUCAAGGCACUCAGGAAUGUAUCAGGGAUGAUGACAGGAUUCGCCUAAUCUCCAUUCAUCGUUAUCAGCAAGGACACUUCUGGCCAAAUCUUCAACAGAGCGCUGUGAAAACACAGUUUAAAAACACCAUAAACGUCCCACUUAACGAUAUUGGAAUGUGCGACUCAGAUUAUCUGGCAAUUUUCCAACUAAUAGUCCAUCCGGUGAUCAACGACUUCAGGCCCGACGUCAUACUCGUGUCAUGCGGUUUCGACGCAGCGCUAGGUGAUCCGGAAGGUCAAAUGCGGCUGACACCUGCGGGUUAUGCAACGUUGACGCACCAGUUAAUGACUUGGAAAAUUCCACUGGUUAUGAUUCUCGAAGGAGGCUAUUUCAUGGAGUCAAUUGCUGCGGGCUUCGAAUGGAUGGCAAAGUCCAUGCUUGGUGAUGAAAUUCCUCGAAUAGAACUGAAAGUAUAA